GUUCCGGUUUACAUGAGCAAAACGGAUACAAGCUGAUACAAGCUGCAUGAAAAAGCAAACGUUUCGUGUAUGUUAAGGACUGGAAGCUUUUACUGAGCGAUUUUAAUCCAUAGUGUAUCAGAGGAAUGUACGAAUUUGCACUAUUUAUAUUAAUUAUUUACCUCAUCAAGUGAGCAUAGCUGACGAUAUUUAUCUGUAACGUUAAUCAGUGGUGUUUGUUAUAGCUAACGUUAACGUAACUUACGUAGAUGUCUGCCACUAGCACAGUCACAGAAGAUGUCCCAAAAUCAGAGGAACAGCUCGACAGAAGCUCGGAUAAUUUAACGUUAGACUGCUCUAGUCAAGCUGAAUCGCCUCUCCAAGGUCUGAAAUUGGCAUCACACGAAGUACUCGAAAGAGCACAAACGCACGGCAGGAUAAAGUGUUCUAAAUGUGGUGGUUCAAGGAUGUUCUUCUGCUACACGUGUUUCACUUUAGUCGGUGUGAACCAGCAGGAAAUUCCCUUAAUUAAGCUCCCGGUCAGAAUUGACAUAAUCAAACACCCCAAUGAAACUGAUGGAAAGAGCACUGCGGUACAUGCCAGACUCAUCGCUCCCGACGAUGUCAACAUUUACACUUACCCUUGCAUACCGGAGCUGGAUGGUGAUGUGCACAAGGCAGUUUUGGUUUUCCCUGGACCUGACUCAGUGACUCUUGAAGAGAUGUCGGAGCAUCUAAAUGACAUAAGAACAAACUCAUCUGAUGAAGCAAGAGUAAAGAGACAGAAGAUCACAGAAGAGACGGAAGACGAAGUAAAUCCACAGUCCUGUCCUCUAGAAAGAGUCAUCUUCAUCGACAGCACAUGGAACCAGACUACCAGAAUAAUCACAGAUGAACGACUCGAACCUCUGCUACGGGUUGAGUUGAAGACAAGGAAAACCUGUUUCUGGCGUCAUCAGCGAGGCUCACCAGACACAUAUCUUGCUACAAUAGAGGCUAUUUAUUACUUCCUUAAAGACUAUCAUACUCUGUGCCUCCGGAAGGAGUACAGUGGUGAAUAUGACAACCUUCUCUUUUUUUACUCCUACCUCCAUAAAAUUAUCAACAAAGCAAAAGUAUCUGCUGGAAAAAUAUAAUGAGCAUUGAACAGCUGGACAUUACAGAUAGUCCUCUUGCAAUGCACAUCCUGAUGAUGAUCUCAAAACAUGCCAAUGCACAGUUGGCGUAAGGGACAGCCAAGUGUAUUUACAUUUCAGAACACCAUUACAUCAGUACACUGGUGUCAUUUCUUGUGCAUAAUGGGUAAACACAAAGAGAAUAUUUAACAGAAGUCAUUGUGAAAUACUUUUAUUUACAAAUCAGAAAACUCAUGCAACUCAGUAAAACUUCCAUUGAUUUUAAA